GAGGCCCGGAAGGGACCAUUCGCGCUUCCGUCUCCGCCGGGGCCGCACGGAGGGCGGAGUUGCGGCCCGAGGACGCGACGCGAGCCCAGUUCCGGCGAGGAGGCCGCGCCAGUGACAGCGAUGGCGGCGGAGUCGGCGCUCCAAGUUGUGGAGAAGCUGCAGGCGCGCCUGGCCACGAACCCAGACCCUAAGAAGCUAUUGAAAUAUUUGAAGAAACUUUCCAUCUUGCCUAUCACAGUAGACAUUCUUGUGGAGACUGGGGUAGGAAAAACAGUAAACAGCUUUCGAAAACAUGAGCAAGUGGGGACCUUUGCCAGAGACCUGGUGGCCCAGUGGAAGAAGCUGGUUCCUGUAGAGCGAAACAAUGAAGCUGAGGAUCAGGAUCUUGAGAAGAGCAUCUCCCGAAAGCGCCCUCGAGAUGCUCUUCAGAGGGCGGAGGAGAUGGAAGGGGACUACCAGGAAAGCUGGAAAGCCUCUGCCAGCCGGUCCUAUAGCCCUGAGCACAGACAGAAAAAACACAAAAAACUCUCAGAGCCUGAAAGGCCUCACAAAGUGACUCACAGUCACGAGAGGAGGGAUGAAAGGAAGAGGUGUCACAGAGUGUCACCACCAUAUUCUUCAGACCCUGAGUCUUCUGACUAUGGCCAUGUUCAAUCUCCCCCACCUUCCAGUCCACAUCAAAUGUACACAGACCACUACAGGUCACCAGAGGAGGACCAUGAGCCCAUCAUUUCACACCAGAAGCCUGGAAAAGUCCACAGUAAUACCUUUCAGGACAGACUAGGGGUUAGUCACGAAAGACACCUGGCUGAGCACCAGGCGAAAGAUGUAAGCCAAAACAAGGAGCACAAAUCUUCCCACAAGGAGAAACGCCCUGUGGAUGCCAGGAGUGAGGAGAAGGUCUCUGCCCUGGGCAGAGAGAAAUCACACAAGGCCUCUUCCAAAGAGGAACACCGAAGGCUACUCUCAGGGGACAGUGCCAAGGAGAAGCCACCCUCCAGUGUUGUCAAGAAAGAGAAGGACAAAGAGGGCAGCAGUCUCAAGAAGAAGUUUCCGCCUGCCUUGGAGGCGGCUUCAGAUAACCACUUUCGAAAGCCCAAACACAAGGACUCGGAGAAGAGCAGGUCUGAGAAGAGCAGGCCGAGGGCGGACGGCUCCGACUCAGGGCGGGGGGCCGGAGACCUGCUGCCCAAAGCCAAGGAGAAAGUUCCCAACAACCUGAAGGAGGGCAAAGGAAGAACUAACUUGGAUCGAAAGUCACCAGCCUCCCUCCCUAAAGUAGAGGAGCCGGACGUGGAUGACGAGUUUGAGCAGCCCACCAUGUCCUUUGAGUCAUACCUCAGCUAUGACCAGCCUCGGAAGAAAAAGAAGAAGGUUGUGAAAGCUUCAGCCACAGCACCCGGAGAAAAGGGCCUUAAAAAAAAGGAUUCUAAAAGCAUUAGUAAAAACUUGAACUCAGUUCAGAAAUUACCCAAGGUAAACGAGAACAAGUCAGAGAAGGUGCAGCCAGCGGGAGCCGAACCCACCAGGCCUCGAAAGGUCCCUACUGAUGCGCUGCCGGUGCUGCCAGACAUCCCCCUACCCGCCAUACAGUCCAACUACCGACCCCUGCCUUCCCUGGAUUUGAUUUCUUCCUUCCAGCCAAAGCGCAAAGCAUUCUCUUCACCCCAGGAAGAAGAAGAAGCUGGAUUCACAGGACGCAGAAUGAAUUCUAAGAUGCAGGUGUAUUCAGGUUCCAAGUGUGCCUAUCUCCCCAAAAUGAUGACCUUGCACCAGCAAUGUAUCCGGGUGCUGAAGAACAAUAUCGACUCCAUCUUUGAAGUGGGAGGAGUCCCCUACUCUGUUCUCGAACCUGUCUUGGAGAGGUGUACACCUGAUCAACUCUAUCGAAUAGAGGAAUGCAAUCACGUACUCAUUGAGGAAACAGAUCAGUUAUGGAAAGUUCACUGUCACCGAGACUUUAAGGAGGAAAGACCAGAAGAGUAUGAAUCCUGGCGGGAGAUGUACCUGCGGCUUCAGGAUGCCAGAGAGCAGCGCCUACGCCUGCUGACAAACAACAUCCGCUCUGCGCAUGCCAAUAAGCCGAAAGGACGACAAGCAAAGAUGGCUUUUGUCAACUCUGUGGCCAAACCACCUCGAGAUGUCCGACGAAGGCAGGAGAAGUUUGGAACUGGAGGAGCAGCUGUCCCUGAGAAAGUCAGGAUUAAGCCAGCACCUUAUACAACAGGAAGCAGCCAUGUUCCUGCCAGCAGCAGCAGCAGCAGCUUCCACUCCAGCCCUGAGGAGGUGGCCUAUGACGGGCCUAGUACCAGCAGUGCCCAUUUAGCUCCAGUGGCCAGCAGUUCUGUUUCUUAUGAUCCUAGGAAACCAGCUGUGAAGAAAAUUGCCCCGAUGAUGGCCAAGACAAUUAAAGCAUUCAAGAACAGAUUCUCCCGACGAUAAGUAGGACUUGCCUUGGAGGUGGAGUCUGGGAAGCAGGAACACGGGGACAGUGGGGACAGGAGGGACAGGAGAAGAGGAUGUCCACAGAAGACCCCUAGCUUUUGUUUGUGGAACUUUUGACCUCUGACUCCUGCACAGUAGCAGGAGUCUCCCUAUGCAUUGCGCCCUGCACCCUGGCUGGAUCACACUUCAGAUUUCUGAAGACAGUAUGAAGCCUCAGUCAUACUGAGACUUUAAGGUCAAUUAUACUUUUAUUGCUAAUUAGCAUCUUUGUAAACUAUAAGACAUAGUUUUAAUUAAUAAAUAUUGCCCCAGAUGUAUUUAUAGUAACCCAGGGGUUUUUUUGUUUUGUUUUACUUUUCUUUUUUCUUCCUUUUUUUUUUUUUUUUGUCCUUUAUUGUAUAUUUAGCUUUUAUUUUCGGGUCCUUUAUUAAAAUUAGAUGAACCGAGCAAAAGCCAGUCUUGUUCUAGGUCAGGUCUUUGAGUAGACAUUGGUCCAAAAGGGCACCACAGAGCUUGUGUGUCACUUUAAGCCCAAAUAUGGAUGGGGGCAGGAGUGAGGACAUGCCAGGCUGCCUGUGCUCGGGGGAGCCUUGACUUAGCUCUUCAGAAGGCCUCAUUCUGAGACCAUCAGAACCCCGGGGCAGGAGCCUUUCCUUCUUGUCCAUCAGUGGUGGUUCCUAAGGAGGGCUGUUUGCAAAGUCUCGAGUCCUUCUUCAUCUUCUGCAAGUCACACUCUCCCUGUCUAAGGCUCACUGGAGGACAGAACUUGGAUCAGAUCUGCAGAGGACCUCAGCAGUUUUGUGAUUUCUCCUUUCUGGUUCAGUGUUUUAGUCCCCACACCCUGGGGAAACACAGACAUGGAGGGCUUUUGUGGCUCUGACUGUGGUUGGGGGUUGGAGAAGUCAGCACUUUAAUCUCUGGUUCCUAGGAGUUACUACUAGCGUGAAUUACUGAAAACAUUUAGUGCUCUGUUGGAAAUUGUUUUUGUUUGAAAGGAAAGAUCAUGUGACUGGGGAGCACAACAGUUUGCUGUGUCUGACAGAACCUGCUGCUGAAGCCGAGGAGGCCAGUUAGGAGGAAGGGCCACCUCGGCAAGGGGCUGGCUGUACACUAGCAUGGGGAACCUGGUCCCAGCUAGCCAGCCUGUUCUGGAGAAUGGCUCUUUCCAAUUGUUGGGGCAAGAUCAGAACUAAGAGGGCCACCCCAGCUCCCUCCUUGAGUCAGAACACCCGGAGCUAGUAGUAUGCAUUUGGCUGUAAGCCAGGUUGGAGAUGCUGUGAACUUGAGGACGGACAGCCUGCUGCGCUGUGCCAUCCAUCGCUCCUGUCGACGUGUUUUAACCGCCCUGGAGACUUCAGGCUACUGAAGACUCCAAGGCAGCACAGGAAACACACAGCAGAAGCUGGGCCUCCUCCUGUGCAUUGCCCCGCAGGAUGCCGCUGCCGGGGGACACAAGUCUGGCUGUAUUUGGGGGCAGAGUAAAGCAUUGUUUCUCUUGAUUACUUGUUUCGCCAUACCACCUCUCUCAGCCUGACCUCCAAGUCUAACAUCAGGUCUCUUACCAGAAAUCACGGGGACAUUUGCACCAGGAGCCAGGUGCCUGGUGCUUGAAAUAGCCCCGUCUGGGUGUUGAUCACCUCAGAUUUGCCUUAGCUGUGUUUCCAGGACUUCCUGUUGCCGUCUUUUCCGUUGCAGAUUUAGUUGUGUGUGAUUUCAUUCCCCUUCUUUGGAGUGCUUAGGCCGAGGGGAAGAAAGGACACAGGUCUGUCCGUCUCGAUGACAGCAUCUGCUUUGGCACAUAAAGAUUCUGAUGCGGCCGGUGUGUUAGAGCCAGGUCUUCCACCCUUCAGUGUGUCUGUGUCAGGGAUAGGAGUGGUGAGACGAGGGAGGCCCAGGAAGCCAGCCGCCUCCACAGCCCUCACCCACGCACACAACAGCCACAAAGCAGACACAAGGUGAUGUCUAAGUUUUGGUCGCAUUUGUGAAAACUUGUGCAAUUUUUUCUGUGCUACACUACAUACAAAUCACAAACGACAGAUUAGCCCGUUGCCAUCCUUGGUGUUACAAGGGGUUCUCAGGGGCUUGCUUUCUCUUUUUUGGAGGCAGGAGGGGCAGGAGUGAGCAUUGUCCUGCUCUUCAUUUGUAUUUUGGUCCCAAAAUGUAAAUACAAUUUUCUAUGUUACUUUUUUGUGGUAACUACAAGAUGAAUAUUUUAAUUAGAUAAGUUAUACAAAAAGGAAAAACUCACGUCUAAAUAAAAAGCAAAAAGAUUCUA